GUCUCCUCAUAUUCCGAGGCUGCCCUCAUCCCCCAGUCUCUCUCAGGAAUCCUUACCAAGAACCGUCUGUUGCAGUCCGUCACAUCUUCACCAAAUAAAACAUUCUCACAGUGACAGAAUGUCCAACCCUCAGAUCACAUUCCGGCAGACGACCUUCACGGGCCCCUCGCUCCUCCUCGCCCGCCGCCGCACCAUCUCCCGCACUACCAUCCGCGCCCAGCUCGACCAGCUCCGCGCCAACGGCCAGUACGACUGCUUCAAGCUGGGAUGGCACCCUAUCUAUGACGACAAGUCGCGUUGGCCCGCGCCUCUGCAUCUGUUCUGGGACAGCGACGUCGCCAAGUGGAUCGAGGGCGCCUGCUACUUCCUGGCCGACGAAUACGACGUCGAGGUCGACGCCGCCGUACGGGAGCUGGUCGCCAUGAUCCGCGGCGCACAGCACGCGGACGGCUACCUUAACAUCCAUUUCUCCGUCGUCGAGCCGGGGAAGCGCUGGACUAACAUUCGCGAUAUGCACGAGAUGUACAACGCCGGCCAUCUGAUCGAAGCCGCCCUUGCGCACACGCAGUAUUACAGAAACGACCUCCUCAUGGAGCCCAUCGAGAAGUACAUCGCCCACAUCCGCCAUCGCUUCGGUCCCGGAGACGGCCAGCUGCGCGCCUACCCGGGACACCCCGAGAUUGAACUCGCACUUCUCCGAUUCUACUCGGUGACGGGCUCCCGGGACGCGUACGACCUCGCACGCUUCUUCCUCGAGGAGCGCGGGAACCCCACGGGCCAGGACGGCCAGCACUUUUAUGACUGGGAGAUGGAGCGGCGCGGCGAGCCGCGCUGGAAGCGGCCCAACUCGUUCCCCAUGGAUCGCUCCUAUUGGUACUGCCAGGCCCACGCGCCCAUCCUCGACCAGCCCACCAUCGAGGGCCACGCCGUCCGCGCCAUGUACCUCCUCACCGCCGCCGCCGACCUGCUGAAUCUCUCCCGGACAGGCAGCGCCUCGGCGCCGGCCCAGCCGCUGGCCGCCGCCCCGGACUGGCUCGCGGCACUCCGCCGUCUCUGGUCCAACAUGGUGGAUAAGAAAAUGUACCUUACGGGCGGCAUCGGCGCCAUGGCGCAGUGGGAAGGGUUUGGCAUCGACUACUUCUUGCCGCAGGGCGCGGACGAGGGCGGGUGCUAUGCCGAGACGUGCGCGUCAGUAGGCGUCAUGAUGCUCGCCGAGCGGCUGCUGCACGCUGACCCGGAGCUGGACGGGCGGUACGCGGACGUCAUGGAGCUGUGCCUGUACAACAACGUCAUGACGGCCAUGAGCCUCGACGGGCGGGCUUUUACGUAUGAGAACCCGCUCGCGAGCUGCGAGGGCGCGCCGAGCGGGAGGGAAGACUGGUUCUGGUGCGCGUGCUGCCCGCCCAACGUGACGCGUCUGUUUGGCAGCCUGGGCGGGUACCUCUGGGACUACGGCGGCGGCGAGGACGAGGCAUGGGUGAACGUGCACCUGUACACGAACGCUGAGGUGAAGUUCGCCGCGGGCGGAGCCGAGGUGACGCUGUCGCAGAAGUCUAACUGGCCGUGGGAGGGCAACGUGCAGUUCGAGCUCGGGGGCGCCGAGGCGCUCGAGACGACGAUCCGGCUGCGCAUUCCGGCCUGGGCCGAGGGCGCAUUCGUGCUCACGCCCGCGGCGGCUCCCGGGACGACCGCUUUGGAGGGCGGGUAUCUGCGGCUGGGCGCGGCGUACACGGCGGCCCACGCCGUCUUCUCGCUGGACGUAGGCGGCUUCGCGCCGCGGUUCGUUGCGCCACACCCGUACACGGGCCAGCGGACGCUGGGCCUCGCGCGCGGGCCGGUCGUGUACUGCGUCGAGGACGCCGACCACGGCUGGGAGGGGAACCACUUCAAGGAUGUCGGCGUGAGGAGGGGCGAGGCGGUCCGGGAGGAGUGGAGGAGCGCCGACGGAGGGGGCGACGGGGAGGGGUAUGUCGCGCUGAGGACGGUCGGGUGGGAGAGGUCGCCGGAGGAUUUACAAAGGGGCGGGGAGGGGGUCAGGCGGGAGCUCGUGUUUGUGCCAUUUUAUUUCAGGGCAAAUCGGGGUGGAAAGGGGCAGAUGCGGGUUGGGCUCAGGGAUGAUGGGAGGUAAGAUGUGUGAAGGUGAACUGCUGUAUGAGGCUAUGGGUUCUGGAAGUGAGACUCUCGAAGGCUGUCAUUGUCAUGAUCACGUCUCAUUAUAUCCGCCACGGGAACUGUUUGUACUUGGUCUCGAGACGCGGCCGGUGUGUUGGCUACAAGUCCAUCCCCGUUAAGCUUUUGGCAUCUAUUUUAAAGAUGGAGGUCCGCUUUGUAGACUCAUGUCCAGCGAACCGGUUUUCCGUGGUGUUUCUGACGUUUUUGCAGACCGCGAUGAGAGCGAUGUUCCAUGAAGCAAAGUACCUAGCAAACGUAUCAGCUCAAACAGAGCAUAGUGAUCUGGAUGACCGAGUCGCAAUCAACCUUGACGGUUCUUUGUUGGAUGUGAGGAUUCCGUCGCAAGGCAGAAAAGUUCAAGUUAUCAACUGCCGACUUAUAUACGGGAGGACCAACAGAAUUGACAAC